UCCAAACCAGAGCUAUAAAGAUCCCAAGACAAUCAACACUUCUAAAAAAAACAAAACAACAACAAAAAAAGAAAGUCAGAGUUUGAGGGUCCGAAAGCGGCGACACUGAGUGUCAAAGCCAGGCAGACUGUGUGCAGCAGACGGGCUCUGCUCCUCCACAGAUGUGCAGCACCGGUGGAGGUACCAGCACUCACUGUGACUCACUGGUACGCAAUGACAAUAAACAGACAAGGCUUGCUUUAAAUAUCAGCAAAUCAAGCCUUGUUCAACGAAAGCAAGGUGACCUUGUGUGGGAUCUAGCGGAGGGCUGAGGCACAGAUCUCAUCCUUCUUCUUGACUGGAGUAGCGCAGCAGUCUCCUUCUCUGGAUUUAGUUCGGGGUAAUUAUUAUUUUUACUUUUUUUCCUUUGGACUGCAUCUGUCCACCUGGAUACACAAACCCAAGACAUUUUUGGGGGGCAUUCAAGGAAAAAAAGGCAAAGCAAAAAAGUGUCCAGGCUUUCUGAGGUGAGGACUUUGGCACAGGGUCUCGGGAGUGAUGGCGGCGUCUGCACCCUCCUCCUCCUCCUCUUCCUCUGGCGGCGAAGCGGAUCCCAACUCGACAAAUUUACGACCACCGGGCUCAAGUUAUGACGCAUGGUGUGGAGUCGCUCAUGGAUGCACGAGGAAAUUAGGAAUGAAAAUAUGUGGAUUUUUGCAGAAGAACAACAGUCUGGAGGAGAGGAGCAGGAUUGUGAGUUCCUUCAAGGAGCGCACAGCCAAGAGCCUGCUGUCCUGCGAUAACAGCGGCGGAGAGGCGCGCUUCAGACGCACAGAGACCGACUUCUCCAACCUGUACGCCAGAGACCUGCUGCCUGCCAAAAAUGGAGAGGAGCAGACCAUGCAGUUCUUGCUGGAGGUUGUGGAAAUCCUCACCAACUACAUCCGUAAGACCUUUGACAGAUCCACCAAGGUCCUGGACUUCCACCACCCUCACCAGCUGCUGGAGGGCAUGGAGGGCUUCAACCUGGAACUCUCUGACCAGCCUGAGUCCCUGGAGCAGAUCCUGGUGGACUGCAGGGACACCCUGAAGUACGGAGUGAGGACAGGACACCCUAGGUUCUUUAACCAGCUGUCCACUGGAUUAGACAUUGUUGGGCUGGCGGGAGAGUGGCUUACAUCCACAGCCAACACCAACAUGUUUACUUACGAGAUCGCGCCUGUCUUUGUGCUCAUGGAGCAGCUGACACUGAAGAAGAUGAGAGAGAUCGUGGGCUGGCCUGAUGGAGAGGGCGAUGGAAUAUUUUCUCCUGGAGGUGCAAUCUCUAACAUGUACAGUGUGAUGAUCGCAAGAUACAAGUUUUUCCCUGAAGUAAAGACCAAAGGCAUGGCAGCUGCACCAAGACUGAUCCUCUUCACCUCCGAGCACAGCCACUAUUCAAUCAAGAAAGCCAGUGCAGCUCUGGGCUUUGGGACAGAGAACCUGAUCCUUCUUAACACAGACGAGAGAGGGAGAGUCAUUCCUGCAGAUUUGGAAGCCAAAGUCAUAGAGGCCAAGCAGAAGGGUUAUGUUCCCAUGUUUGUGAAUGCCACCGCUGGAACUACAGUUUACGGAGCGUUCGAUCCCAUCAAUGAAAUCGCAGACAUCUGUGAAAAGUACAACAUGUGGCUACAUGUGGACGGUGCAUGGGGAGGAGGUCUGCUUAUGUCUAGGAAGCACAGACACAAGCUGAAUGGUGUAGAAAGGGCCAACUCAGUCACCUGGAACCCCCAUAAAAUGAUGGGCGUGCCGCUGCAGUGCUCUGCCAUUCUGGUCAGAGAGAGGGGUCUACUACAAGGCUGCAACUCCAUGUGUGCUGGGUACCUUUUCCAGCCGGAUAAACAGUAUGACGUCACAUAUGAUACAGGCGACAAGGCCAUUCAGUGUGGACGCCACGUCGAUAUCUUCAAGUUCUGGCUGAUGUGGAAAGCAAAGGGAACAGUGGGGUUUGAGCAGCAUAUUGACAAGUGCCUGGAUCUGUCUGCAUACCUCUACAACAAAAUAAAAAACAGAGAAGGUUAUGAGAUGGUGUUCAACGGAGAGCCCCAGCACACUAACGUGUGUUUCUGGUAUCUUCCACCGAGCCUGCGCGGCAUGCCUGAUAGCGAAGAGAGGCGGGAAAGGUUGCACAAGGUAGCGCCAAAGAUCAAGGCGAUGAUGAUGGAGUCUGGGACGACGAUGGUGGGUUACCAGCCUCAAGGAGACAAGGUCAACUUCUUCCGCAUGGUCAUCUCCAACCCUGCGGCUACCAGGUCGGACAUCGACUUCCUCAUCGAGGAGCUGGAGCGACUGGGGAAUGACUUGUGAGAGCACACCUCGACCCCUUUCCCCUAUUUCAAAGCCAUGACUUUGGCUUUACGUCUCUCCUUCAUGAAGACACUGAAAAUUUGCUUACAGGUCACGUCUGGCAAUGCGCAACAAAAAUACGCCCUGUGUGUCUCUUGUUUGUGUCUCUGUUUUUAGCAGUGGUGACAUAUGUUUAAAAAAAAAAUCACAUGUAUGGUUUUCUGGGGACACAGAAAUACUGGAGAGAAUAACAGAAGCACACUGGUAUUCUUGCUAAACCUUAUAAUAAGAGGAAAUACAGCCGUUAAAAAGGAAUGGAGCAGGAAUAUCUGCACACUUGAAAGAUUCUGUCCUUAAAAAUAUCUGCAAUUUAUAAAAAUCAAUAUUAAAAAUACACAAAGUAUUUUUUCACAGAGCACAAUGUAGGAAACCUCACAGCAUUAAGAUGAACAGUAUUAUUGUAAAAUAACAGUGUAUAUUAACUGUUGGUGCUUCAUGUCGUCCUUGUAAUUACCAAGCUAGAUGCACCACCACAAUGUACCCUCGCUGUUAUUUUCCUUGGAUAUUACAUAAGUGGAUCUAUAGAACACAGAACUGUGCCUGAUUGCUGUGUUUUUAGAGAUUUUUGUGUAGAUUGUGUAUAGUAUUGUUACAUUGCCUUUGUGCCAAAUGUGUCCUAGAGAAUCCUACAUGUAAAUGGACCACACAGUAUAAGUAUGUAGAUGAAUCACUUUAUUUAUACCCAGAGAUUAUAAUUGUGAAUAGUUUAACUGCUGUCCAUUUGUAAUGUAUCCUCUUCCUAUUUGGAAACUGUACUAUAUAACAAUGUUUCAAAUAACAUUUGAGUCUUCUAGUGUAUCUGUGAACCAAAGAAGGGUUGCAUUUAUAAACACGUUCACAGCCCUUAUUCUCCCUUAUAGAUGCAUUCAGUUAUGUAAGACUGUGUAACUUAGCGCCCUUAACUUUAGUGCAAUCUAUGUUGUGUAACCGUGCAAUGUCAUUGUGAUUCACUGACUGAAUGUUGUACUGACAGAAGUGGGAGGGAGGAGUGACAAUGCAGCUCCUACUGAGGGUGCAUUGUUAUUAAAGAGCACAAUGCUGGGGCAGCUUUUAUUCUAUGGACAUAUGAUUGUCUGUAAGUGUUAAGUGAAGUAAAACUAUAUUAUGCAAAGUUAAGUUUGUCUUAAUAAGCUCUGGAUAGGCACACUUUUAUGUUGACAAAACAAUCUGUAAAACUGGCUUUAUUUAUUCUAAAGAUUUAAGCUUGAACAAUGAAAUGCACAGUGUUUGCUACUGUAAUAAGAUUUAUUUAUUGAACAAUGUACAUUCCUGAAUUAGUGGGAUGAAAAGUCCCUUUUAAAAUUUGAUGUAGGCACUUUAUCUUCAUGCCAUCAUUUGCAGAGUAUUAUUGUUGUAUCCACAGCACAAAUAAAGA